AAAAGCUUGUAAGAAGUUCCUGCUAAUUCAUGAAAAGAUGUUAAUGACUUAAGUUCCAGGUCACAUGACUCUUCCAGAUUGCCAGUACCCGACUCCCGGAAUCAGAUUUCAGCUGCAGGGAACUGCUCCCAGCCAUGUGUACAGAGUCUUAAAAAGAAAGAAAUGACUUCCUGGGAUUUUCAUCCAAGAAAAUAGGAAUUCCUUAACAGCUUUGGACCUUUCUCUGGAUUUUUGUGUUUUCCUAAACUGUAAAGCUUUCAUGGCAUAGACUCUUGGUAGCCUUCAGUAUUCUGUCUAAUACUUUCAUCCCAUCUUCAUCAGUUCUUCCAGACACUUCCUGAAAGAAUGGGGGCAGGAGCAUUAGCCAUCUGUCAAAGUAAGUCAGCAGUGAGGCUGAAAGAAGACAUGAAAAAGAUUGCAGCACUGCCACUGAACAAGCAGAGGGAUGCUAGCUGCCAGAAGGUGUUUGGUGUGAGUCUCCAGGAACUUCAGCAGCAAGGACUUAGCAAGAAUGGCAUCCCAACUGUGGUGUGGAAUCUAGUAGAAUAUUUGACCCAGCAUGGACUGACCCAGGAAGGUCUCUUCAGGGUAAAUGGUAAUGUGAAAACGGUGGAGCAGCUGCGUCUGAAAUAUGAGCGUGGAGAAGAUGUGGAGCUGGCUAAAGAUGGGGAUGUGUGCUCAGCAGCCAGUCUGCUGAAAUUAUUUCUGAGAGAAUUGCCAGAGGGGGUCAUCACCUCAGCCUUACAUCCCCGACUCAUUCAGCUUUACCAGGAUGCUAGAAGUGAUGCUCAGAAGGACAAUAACUUGAAAGAACUCCUGAAAGAGCUGCCUGAUGCUCACUACUGCCUGCUGAAAUACCUGUGCUGUUUCUUGACACAAGUUGCCGAGCAUCACGUGGAAAACAAAAUGAAUUUUUGCAAUCUUGCCACUGUCUUUGGACCAAGUUGCUUUCACGUACUUUCUGGAUUGGAAGGUAUGAAGGAACAGGAAAUCUGCAACACAAUUAUGGCCACAAUGCUGGAAAACUGUCAUACUUUGUUUGAACUGGAGCACGCAAAGCAAGAUGUGGAACAGCAUCCAUGUGAGGAGCUAGCGAGAAUUAUUUUGGUGAAAGAGGCCAAUUGUGCACAGUCCCUGCCUGUCAACCUGACAAGAGCUCUGGAAAGGGAGGCACCAAAGGCAUCUCCAAGAAGCAAGAUAGCAAGGUGCUUAAAGGAAGACUCUCUCCAGGCAUGCUUAGUGCCACAACCUGGUCCAUCAGCUGGAAUUCCUCAGGUCAGCCUCGGAUUAAGUGACAGUAGUUCAUGCUUGGAGGAGAUGGAUUUAGCAGAUGAAAUCUUCAUUAACCGUGCUGCAUUCUUCUCCAGCUCCCAAGAAGAUGAACGGCCUAUGUCACCCUUCUAUUUAAGUGCCCAUGUAUCUCAAGUCAGUAGUAACAUUCCUGCUACUGGAGAGUAUUUAGAGAAGACAAUCCGUUCAGCUGUGGAACAGCACCUUUUUGAUGUUCAUGGCUCAGGAGGGCAGAGUUCAGAGGACUCUGAAUCAGGAACAUCUUCAACCUCUUCCAACGUGUCUGCUAAGCAGAGGCGGCGGCAUCACAAAGAGCAAGAUGAAGCCCGAAGAAAUAGAGACAUGGAGGUCGUCAACAAAGAAAACAUUCCCUCUGGAUUCAGCAGCCUUGAAGAUUGUAUUCUGACUGCUCAGGAAGCAGAAAAAUUACAAGACAACAACUCAGGGUAUAUUGGAGAGAGGAAUAAACCAAAGCGGCAGAAAUCCAGCACCAAGCUUUCUGAGCUUAAUGAUAACCAGGAUAACCCUGUGAGUAUGGAAAGCUUUAGCUCACCAAGGCCUGUAGACAGCACAGGACUCGACGAUAUGGAAGUUGUAUCUGAAGAAAGCAAAGAAAGCGAGAACGAUGAUGUUUUUUUCAAGCAUUCAGAGAUUUCAAGCAUGAAGAUUCAGGAGCAUCCAAGCAUUCCCGAAACCAAACUGCAGAGGACACAAGAUGCCGAUGGUCAAGAAGACAGCUUUGUCUCAGAAGUGCCACAGCUUGACUUGACCGCACUGUGUGAUGACAACCACUGGGAAGAGCCCAUCCCAGCUCUCUCCACCUGGCAGCGUGAUGGCUUUGACUCCGACGAAGCCCGUCUCUCCCCUCAGGCCGGCCGUCUCAUCCGCCAGCUUUUGGAUGGGGACAGCGACCCUAUGCUCUCCCCUCGCUUCUAUGCUUAUGGACAAAGCCAGCAGUACCUGGAUGAUACAGAAGUUCCUCCUUCCCCUCCAAAUUCUCAUUCAUUCAUGAGGAGGCGGAGUUCUUCCUUAGGAUCUUAUGAAGAUGACAGAGAAGACUUGACCCCUGCACAGCUGACCCGAAGGAUUCAGGGACUUAAGAAAAAGAUCAGGAAAUUUGAGGAGAGAUUUGAAGAGGAGAGGAAAUACAGGCCAUCCCAUAGUGACAAAGCAGCCAACUCAGAGGUAUUGAAAUGGACAAAUGACCUUGCAAAAUUCCGGAAGCAGCUUAAAGAGUCAAAAUUGAAGAUAUCUGAAGAGGAUCUGGUUCCUGUGACGCGCCAACGGAGCAACACUCUCCCUAAGAGCUUUGGCUCUCAGCUUGAAAAGGAGGAGGACAAGAAACAAGACCUGUCUGACAAAUCUGCAAAGCCUGCAGUUGAAGCAACCCUAGAGUCCGUUCAGAAGAAGCUCCAAGAAAAACGAGCAGAGACGAGCAGGCCCGAGGACAUUAAGGACAUGACUAGAGAUCAGAUCGCAGCUGAGAAAGUGGCUCUUCAAAAAGCACUCUUGUACUAUGAAAGCAUACAUGGAAGACCGGUAACAAAAAAUGAACGUCAGGUGAUGAAGCCAUUGUACGACAGGUACCGCUUGGUCAAGCAGAUCCUGUCCAGGGCCAACACCAUCCCUAUUAUUGGUUCCCCUUCCAGCAAGCGGAGAAGCCCUUCACUGCAGCCAAUUAUCGAGGGUGAAACAGCAUCCUUCUUCAAGGAGAUAAAGGAGGAAGAGGAAGGUUCAGAAGAUGACAGCAAUGGGAAACCAGAUUUCACAGUCACAAUGAAAACAGAUUUCAGCAUGCGUAGCUUCUUGGAUCAGCUAGAAGAUGAUGCUGAUGGCUUCAUUUCCCCAGUGGAUGAUAAAAUGCCUUCAAAGAGUGGCCAGGACUUGGGGCUGUCUAACCUUCAUGCUGCAUCUAUGCCAGAACUCUUAGAGCAGCUUCAAGAAGUCAGGGAAGACAAAAAGCGGAUCAGAAAAAAAUUGAGAGACUUUGAAGAUAAUUUUUUCCGACAGAAUGGAAGAUAUGUCCAGAAAGAAGAUCGUGCUCCUAUGGCUGAGGAUUACACUGAAUACAAGCAGAUGAAGGCAAAGCUGCGGCUGCUGGAGGUCCUGAUCAGUAAAAGAGAUAUUAGCUCCAAGAUCAUGUAAAGAAGGUGAUCUGACCUUGCAUCUAGGUUAAGAAGAGACCGAGCCAAAAGAAUGAUCACUUGAAGAACGCAGCAGGAGCCUGACAACAAGAGGCUUAGCAGCUGUCCAAGAACUGAACAGCCAUUUCUGGAGGUGGGAGGAGGAGGAAGUGUGGCUUCAGUCAUCCUCUGGACUUGCCUAUCAUCCACCCUGCCUCCAGGCCCAUCAUCCACACUCCACACUGGAGCUUGCCAGCGAGAGAGAGAUGAUGCUGUGCUCAGAGACUGCAUUUGGGAGGGUCCUUUGCUUUGAUUCACUUUCAAAUCCUGUACUGUUUAGAAUAUCAGUCAGAUGAAUUAUUUUUUCCAAAGUACCAUAGCAAGAGGCAAACUAGUCUGAAUUAGCGGUGAAAUGCCAAGUGGCGUUCACUAGUUUACCAAACGAGUUUGAUCUAAGAUGUUGGGAAGCACGGAGACUGUUCUUUUGUAGCUGCAGUAAUAUUUGCUCAGGCUCUCAAGCUACCCGUAGUUUUGGAAUUUUAGCCUUUUGACUUGCACCAUUUCACUGGUGAAGAACUGUCAUUGCACCCUGCCUGCUGCAUUUGGCCUUUGCUGUGGCCUUUCCCAGGGCUGUUUAUUUCUCUGGGUUUUCUUACCCACGUUUUCUGUUGGGCUAGAUAAUAGUUGCAACUAAUUUGCAUAGCAAAGGAAUUCAGCAGUGUGCUUACUAGAACUUCAAAUUGGAAGUUAGCACUUUGACAUCACGAUUGUGAGUGGGCAAUGAAGUCAAAAGGGGGGCUUCUCCUGGCAGCAGUUUGAAUCCAAUUGCAUUGUAGUAGUUUUGGUGACAUGAUCAAAUGAAUGAUCUGUUUUAUCACCAUGGAUCUCCUGGUUCAGAAAUUUAAUAAUCAGAUUGACGAUCUGCACAUAUUAACUUGUAUGUGUCACCCAGCUUCUGUUAUCAUGCUGACAUUAAAUAGUGAACUAGACAGUC